AGGGAACUAAAAAAAAAUAAGCACGUUUUGUUUCCUUUUUCUCUCGUUUUCGUUGAUGGCGUGCUCACAGAAUGAUGUGGAAAACCUCUUAGCCAAGUUGCAAUUGAUGCAUCAACGUACUUCGUACGAGAUGACCCAUGGAGUCGACCAAUUGUGGAAGACAUUGAUAUCCGCAUUGACAACUGUGCUUACAUUAAUACCGCACGUUCUUCACUCCACGACUUUCACUAGCACGACGUCUUCACAGCUAGUUACCAUAUUGAGUGCUUCGGCUCUCCUAUCGUCAGUGAUUCGAGGUCUUAUUGCCACACCUUCCACGGACGCAUUCCUGGUCACUGACAACCUUGAUUCCAUCGAAUCAUCCCAAGACUCACAAUCCACACUUUAUCAAAACUGUAUCUUUACCAUCGAAAAAGAAACCAAUGCUAUUUUAAUCCAAGUGCAACGGAUACGAAGUUUGUUAAAGUAUCAUCAGACAGACACUUGGAUCAAUCAUGAUGAAGCCACGAUCCGCCAGGCUCAUUGGUCAUCUCUAUUCAUGCACGCUCGUCAUCUCGUUGACGCCCUGCUGCAAUUUGCACUGACGACUUUGGAGAAAUCUUCCGCGUCCUCAUCCGAUUCAACUUUACUUUUGGAUAGCCAAACGCCAGAUUCCGCCACCAAUAUGUCAUUGCUGGUGCCUGAGCCUCUGGCCCGACGGUCCAUGAGCGCGAGUCGAAAAUCCGCAGAAGAAAUCUUUGUUCACCAAAUGAAUCGUACUGCCAGUGAUUCGAUGGGAUCCUCUAUGUUUGCAUGGCAACAGCGGCCAGCUCAAAGCGUGGAAACUCCCAAUCUUCCGACGAAACCAGACUCGAUGGGAAAGCGGUUUAUGCGUACCAUUACCCUUCUUAAAAGCAAACCAUCUUUUUCAAUGGCUCAGUUUCUUUCACAUCAUCGACACACGGACGACCACAAACAAUCACCAUCGCACCAGCUGCCGCCGCCGCCACAGCAGCAUCCAUGUGGGCGGUAUUCGCAGGACUCGGAUUAUUCGACGACGUGGAAUGAGUUCAAUAAUGAGGUGGUUUCUUCAUCCCUGAGUGCCAUCAGUAGUACCAGUACAAAGAGUGCAAAGAGCGCAAAGAGUUCUCAAAGUAGUAAUACAUUGAAAAAUAUCUUUGGGUCACGAAAAGAUCAUUAUGGAUCCAAAGCGGCGGCCGGCCUCGGUCUUCACUCUGGCAUUCGAUCCAAUGGCCAUCCUGUUGGUGCUGGUGCUGGUGAUGCGGCGACACCUUACCGCGGGUUGAAAGAUCUGUUUGUUGUGAUGCAGCCAAGUCAUAAAGCGGUGGCAUCCACGCCUCUGGACAGUUUAUCAGGCAACUUUUAUCGUACCAGUGGGUUCCAGGAGACUUUACUAGACACACCAGUUCAUCCCUCCUAUACGACCUCCCAAUUGCCUGUACCCCAAAGUAAUAUCAUAAAUAGAGCGGACCAUCCAUAUGAAGUUGUGCCUUCUUUCACCAUGAGAAAAGGCCCGCCGUCUUCAGCGGUGCAAACCUUGCGUUCACCUUUUGGGAAACAAACGCGAAUCCACAUGAUCGAUUCCACCCGCAACGACAUGACCAUUGCUGAUGCCAUCCAUCCUCAUGCGCCAUCGCCCUACCAACGACACAGUAUGACCGUUCACUACUAUGAUGAUCCUCAUUUUUUCCAAUACGACGAUUUACCGUCACCGCCUCCGUCCGCUCCACCCACGAAGUUGACCGUCGAUGAUUUCACCCAUUAUGAUACCUUUGAUCACGCUUCCAAGGCCGCCGUGGCUGACCAAGUCGAUCCAGAAGAGGAUAAUGAAGAUAAUCACAGUGAAACGAACGAUCACAACUUUUCAGAAGCCUUGUCAUCCUCGGAUUCAUCUUAUUUCUCCGCUCGAUCAUUUUCUUCCCAAGCGACCUUGCAUUCACUGCUCGUCGGCACAUCUGAAACCACCGUGAUCCAAGCUUCUUCACCCGCGUCACCUGAACGACCAGCCGAUCCUCCCAUGGAUGGGUACUCCAGCAAAAUUAUUUUACGCAAGGCCGGCCGUCCUGCAAGUCCAUUGACAUCACCCCAGUCAAAUCAAUUAACUGAGGAGCUACCUGCACCACCCGCAUCCUCGAUUUCAUCCUCUGCAUUACCACCUAUCAACACCAAUACCACCAUCGUAUCCGCUAAUAAGAUCACCCCAUCUCAUCCUUCAAAUCAUCCUCCACCGUCCCCUGUACCGGACACCAAAGAGCAUGAACGAUUUCAAAGGCCACCGACUCGGUAUCUCAAAGAUGCGCCUCCAAGUUUACCUGGACGCAAAGCGUCUAGUAUCAUGCAAAAGAUGAUCACCAAGGAAGAUCAUGGAUCGCCUUUCACCGUGCGCCGACCUUCUGUACCUAUUGAAAAAUCGGCAGCUUGGGUGAAUCCACCUCACAUUCCACCGAGGACGAGCAGUAUGCCUUCGUUUCACACCGCCGCCAAGGAAUCAUCGUAUAGAUACAAACGUGAAACAAAGCGCAUGGCAAUGAAACGAUCCGAUGCCAAACAGUCACUGGUGAGUAUCAUGUCCUCCAAACGAUCCGAGGAGAUUCAUCCAUUGGCCAAUCUUCAUCUGCAAGGUUUCUCCAAUCAAUACAAGCGAACCCGCAAGGGUAAAGGCAAUCUUUUGCAUGUGUCAGAAAACGGAGAAGAUGUUCUCCUGAUGGAAAUGGGUUCUAGCAAGCUCUUUGUCGUUGCAGGUACAUCGGCCAAACUGCUUGCUAAACUUGCUGACGAGACCGCUGAAGACCUCGAUUACAUUGAUACCUUUUUAUUGAAUCACCAUUUUUUCAUGCCAUCCACGCAAUUGAUCAAUGACCUCGUGGCCCGAUUUCAUUUACAGCCGGUACCUGGUGAAAUCGAAUAUUACAGAAAAUGGCAACGUUGCAUUCAAGUCAAGUAAGCUUUCUUUAAAUUUUUACCCUGUGUAAUUUUACAAAACCAUGGUUCUGCCUUUAUUUCUACUGUUUCGACAAGUUUGGAAUUUUCGCUAAAGA